GCGAUUGGUUGAGGCGGUGCCGGAAGUGGCGCGCGGCCGUGGCGCGCGACGGGCUCCGCGUGCGGCAGGCGGGUGAGGGGUGAUCCCGGCGUCCCGGCCCCUUCCCGCUGGGACAGCCGGGAUACCGCCCUGCCGGGCUCCGUGCGACACGGGGGGGGUGGCUUCCCGGGCCCGCCUCGGUUGUCCUCGCAGCGCUCCAGUUCCCGAGGCUGUUGGUGUCUCCUCGCCCCCUCCUCCGCCACCAUGUUUGUCCUGGUGGAGAUGACUGACACUGUCAGAAUUCCUCCCUGGCAGUUUGAAAGGAAACUGAACGAAUCCAUUGCUGAAGAGCUAAACAAGAAAUUGGCCAAUAAGGUCGUGUACAAUGUCGGGCUCUGCAUCUGUCUGUACGAUAUCACAAAGCUGGAAGAUUCAUACAUAUUUCCUGGGGAUGGUGCAUCACAUACCAAAGUGCAUUUCCGCUAUGUGGUCUUCCAUCCCUUCCUGGAUGAGAUCCUGAUUGGACAGAUUAAAAGCUGCAGCCAGGACGGCGUCCACGUUUCUAUUGGAUUCUUUGAUGAUAUUGUCAUCCCACCAGAAUCCCUGCAGCAGCCAGCUAAGUUUGAUGAAGCAGAGCAGGUGUGGGUGUGGGAAUACGAGACAGAAGAAGGGGCCCAUGACCUUUACAUGGACAUUGGGGAGGAGAUCCGCUUCCGAGUCGUGGAUGAAACAUUUGUCGAUACAUCACCGACAGGUCCAAGCUCUGCAGAGGCUUCCACUUCAACUGCCACAGAAGAAGUCCAGAAGAAAGAGGCACCGUACACUCUUGUGGGAUCAAUCAGCGAGCCCGGCCUGGGCCUCCUGUCGUGGUGGACAAACAGUUAGCUGCCAUCAGAGCCUGCUCCACAGAAGGUCUUUCCGGUGGAUGUUUGGGGUAUAACGGGAUCCUGCUGGUGCUCAUUGCUCCUCUGAAGCUUAAUGAGAAAUUAGACCUGCCAUUCUCUGUUUCCCCUUCAGAUUCCAACCUGCCAGAGAGAGACAGUUGCUUUCAAGACAUGUCUUCACUGAUCUGCAGAAGGGAAUUUAUAGGCACAAAAAGCCUUGAGCACAGCAGCAACAAACUCAGCUGGAGCUUUGGUCUCCUGCCCUGGAGGAAAAACUGGGGAGGUCUUUACUUGCCUGAAUUAAGGAGGGAGUUGACUUUCGUGAGUGAAAGCAGAAGAGAAAGCUUGUCAAAAAGUACAGCUUCCUUGGGCUGAGAGCUUGAUCUCAGAGGGUAGAAACCUGCCCUUCUUUUGACAGGAAAUUAAGAAGAAGCAGCAAAAGACUAACUAGUUAGUAGCUGUGUGGUACUCCAGAGACCUGGAAAAUGCUGCUGCUGGGAGAGCAGGAGAGAUGGGGGCAAUGUUCUUCUAAGAAUGGGAACUUCACCCAUGGAUGAAGUCAGCCAAAAAGAAUGGCAAUGACAGUUGUUUACCCAGAAGUAACUCCAGUUUGGUGAAGAUGACCACUGUGGAAAGCUACGGGCUGCUUAAUGUGCUGAAUGGAAUUACGUUACUGAGUGGGCUGUACUUAUGUAGAAUGAGCUAAACUUUGCAGUUUGACUGAAGUAUGUAAUUAUGAACUAAAUGGACCAAGGCUGCUUUCAGCAAGCUGCCCCAAACUCUCGUUUGUGAGGGUGUCUUAAUACCAUAAGUGGAAUAAAUAGUAAAAACCACA